CCCGAGGCAUCCGCAGCAAGAUGGCGGCCGUGCAGCCCGAAACGGCCCUCAGCGCCCCGCCGGGGUCCGACACCCCACCCCCCGGGACAGAGACCCCUCAGGGGCCACCGCUCAGCCUGAGUCCCGAAGAGGUGAAGCAGCGGCUACAGGCCACACGAAGCGAGCUGGAGAACCGCAGGAAGAUCCUCAUCAGGAACCUUCCGGGAGACUGCAGCAGCCAGGACAUCCACGAUUUGUUAAAAGACUACGAGGUGAAAUACUGCUACGUGGAUAAAAACAAGAAAACGGCCUUCAUCACUUUGUUAAACGGAGAACAAGCACAAGACGCCAUCCGGCGCUUCCACCAGCGGCCCCUGCGGGACAAGGAGCUGUCGGUGCAGCUCCAGCCGACGGACGCGCUGCUCUGCGUCACCAACCUGCCGCCGACGCUCACCCUGCAGGGCUUCGAGGAGCUGGUGCGGGCGCACGGGAGCACCGAGCGCUGCCUGCUGGUGUACAGCGAGCUGAGCGGCCGCUCCAAGGGUUACGGCUUCGUCGAGUACAUGAAGAAGGACUCGGCGUCCAAGGCUCGGCUGGAGCUGCUCGGGAAGCCGCUGGAGGAGCGGACGCUGCUGGCCCAGUGGAUGGACGUCAACCAGCUGACGGCCGACGUCAUUCACUCCAAGUGCCUCUGCGUCGACAAACUCCCCAAAGACCUCCGAGACCCCGAGGAGCUGACGCGGCUCUUCUCCUCCCCGCACGCGCCUGUCUUCUGCCAGUUGGCAGACGACGAUGGUUCUUGUUCAGCGGGGUUUGCGGUAGUGGAGUAUGAGUCGGCCGAGCAGGCGGAGGAGGUGAGAGAUGCGAUGGAUCAGACGCUCGUCAUGGGCAGUAAGAUCCAGGUGUCGUUCUGCGCGCCGGGGGCUCCGGGGAGGAGUACGUUGGCGGCUCUGAUCGCAGCUCACGGGAUGUUACAGAAUAACCGGAAGGGGUUACUCCCCGAGCCGAACCCCGCGCAGAUCAUGCAGAGUCUCAACAACCCGGCCAUGUUACAGAUGCUGCUGCAGCCCCCGCAGCGCGGCCGCUCGGGGAAGCACGGUGCAUCUUCGGGGCGGCCGCACUUCAUCAACCCGACCGUCAGCCAGGCUCUGCUCCAGCUCAACAAACUGCACCAGCAGAAACACGGUUUGGGAAACUCCGGCGGCGUCCUGCUGCAGAAUUAUUCUCACUUACAGAUGGCCCAACAGCAGCUCCUGCAGCUGAAGAGCGCUCAGUCCCAUAACAGCAAACCCGGCCUCCUCGGCGAGGCUCCCGGCUCCAUGUUACAGACGGCGCUGGGGUCGGCGCAGCCGGGAGCGGGGGACGCGUCUCAGCGAGAGGCGCAGAAAAACAUGAUGCCGUAUUACCAGCACAUGGGGCCGGAUCUGGCCAGGAUGUCGCACGACAAGCAGCCGGAAGGAUCGGCAUCGCAGACUCUCCUUCAGCAGUCCGCUUCCAUGGUAACGGGGCAAAGCCAGGCCAAUUCUGCCGAGUCGGCCCUUCCGAAUAAAGCAAGUAACCAAACGUCUCUGCUGGGGGAGCCGCCGAGAGAGAUCCGGCUGAGCACCAACCCCUACCUGAAUCUGGCGAGCGUGCUGCCGGGAUCCUCGCUGGCGGGUUUGAGUACGAGGACCCUUCAGUACGCGAUGGACGGAUCCGGCUCUCAGGAACCCAGCGGACAGCCUGCGCUGGAAAACUACUUUAGCUACGGCCAGCAGUACGGAGAUUACGCUCAGGAGGCUCAGCAGUGGUACAGCCCUUACGCUGCGUAUACCACCCCGCAGACCGCUGUUCCGACCGAGGAAAGCCACCCCUCGUCCACCGCAGCGUUUGGGGAUUACAGCGCCUACGUGCAAGCGCCCCCAACAUACUACGCCAGCGCCCAGGGAACGUACCAGGCGGGCAGCGCAGAGUCCAUUGCUAAGACAACAACCAAUGAGAAGAGAGCAUAUACAGGCCCCGCCUCCGAAGCCAGCACCGCAGAGUACGCUGAUCAGUACUCCAGCCCCGAAGGCUCAGCGGAUACUUACAGCGAUACGUAUUUUAAGAGGAAGAAAGUAUUUUAGCCGCCUCCGUUCGGACUUUCCUCCCAACGCCCUUCCCGCGGUCACCAACCGAACACGCACAAUGUGAAUCGCCUCCUUACAAGCCACGGACGGUGACCCGCGGAGCGCUGGGGCCGCGCACGCAACGGCAAACCCUCAGGCAGCUUCGUUACGUAGAAAGAGGUUUCCGCGAAGAUUUGUAGCAGUUUUCUACGGCUCGAUCGGGCCUGGAGAAUAAUAUUUGGGUUAAUGUUCUAUUCUCGGCCUGAAUUUUUUUUUUUUGUGAAUAUUAAGCAAUAAAAUAAGAUGUAAUUUUACGAGCGGCUGCCGCUGGCCUGUAUUCACCCGUCACCGAGCACGUCGUCGAAUUACAAAGCAUGCGGACGCUGCCGUCAGAUCUUCCAGCCAUCUUGGAUUUGCCUUUGAAAAAGGUAAUUUUUUUUUAAAGUACUGGCAAAAAUUGCACUUAAUAUUGAGUAAUUUUUUUUUGUAAGGUCCGCCGGCUCCCAGCGGCUGCAAAGUACUUUACCUACAUAGCAGUCGUUGCAUAUAAACUUACCUUUGCACCCUAAUGGAGCCGGCCCUCGGGGGACGCCGCGCCGUGUUUCUGCUACGCCGGCAUCUUCUGUUUCCGCCUCGGCCGCUGCACGGCACCGCCGGACUGCAAUGUGUUUGUAAGAGAAAAUGAAUGAUAAUAAAGCACAUUUAUUGAAACAUU